UUGUGAUCUUUAAAAAACUGCCGUAAUAUUUUUUUGUACGAAAAAAAUUAUUUUCACCAGGAAGUAAUUAAAGUUUGUAAUUAAGACUCAUUUAAACUUGUUCAUUGGGUGUUUGGAAACAGUUUAAAAAUGAAUUUUCACGAUGAUGAGUGGAAAAAGAAGCCUUACAAGAUCAAAGAUAUAACUCGCCAGAUAAAAAAGGCUGUUGUGGCUGGAAAUCUCCGUGAAUUACAAAGAAAGUCGUCAGAAAAAUUUGGUAAGCCUGAAUUACCACGAAUUCAUUUAGAUUCAGAUGGCACGGAGAUUGAUGACGAGGAUUACUUUCAAACUUUGGAGUCGAAUACGGAAUUAAUUGCUGUUUUUAGUGGUGAGCAAUGGAUUGAUCCAACACAAUAUCUCACCAUCACAACCCACAAUGGAGAAGAAAUAAAUAACAAUGAUGUGGAAAAGAUUCAUCUUAAGAAACUUAUAAGUCUGUUAAGCAACAACAAAUGUAAUAUGUCAAUUCUAAGUGAGCCUGAUUUGGAACUUCUUUCCAAUUUGCAACCUGAUUCAUUUGCUGACGUCAUUGGGAAGGAUUUUAUUGAGCAUUUGAAAGAAGCUUCGAGCAGAAUUCUCGAUGAAAAGCGCGAAGCAUUCGACACAAUUGAAUUGUUAAAGCUAAUUGGUAAGCAUCAAGGAAUCGGAAGACAAAAUGUAGAACAUCGACCUUUUUCACCGUCGUCGUCUACAACGAGUUUGUCGACAAUGAGCAGUUUCUCAAGUAAUCAGCAGUAAAUUAAUUGACUUAAAGUUCUUUAGCAUCUUUAUCUUGUUGUUGUGGAAUUUCAUUUAAAAUAAAAGAAGUUCUCAAUGUAAUAAAAAAAUAUUUAAAAACUCUGUUGUCAAAAAAAUAUGAAAAAUAAAAUAUAAUAG